GCUCACAAAGUGUUUGUUUACGUAAUAAUAAUAAAAGCAAUUGAAGUAAAGAUAACACCAAAUGAUAAGACAAUCGAAACACUAAUUAAAUAAUUAACGACUGAUUUGUUGGGCAAUAGUUGUCGUCAAAACCCAUACUUUAAAAGCAGUGAAAACCACUUAAUUUGCGGUCAAAAACUGUUUAAACAAAUAAUAAUAAUAGCAAUCAAUUGAAUGGCAAUAAUGUUGUUGUUAUGUCUGUGUUUGGCUGCGAUCACAGCUGAGGCGAUGGCGUCGAUGGCGGCCACCACUGAGUGUGUGGACUCACGAGGAAUAAUGCCAUUAGUGAUCAAUACGUGGAACUUCUCGAACGCCACACAAAAUGCGUGGAAAGAGUUGUCGAUCGGGGGCUCAGCGCUGGACGCCGUGGAGAUCGGGUGCUCGACCUGUGAGAGGGAACAGUGCGACCAUACGGUCGGAUGGGGUGGCAGUCCCGACGAGAACGGAGAGACCACUCUCGACGCCCUCAUUAUGGAUGGGCCAACCCAUAAGUGCGGAGCCGUCGCCGGUUUGCGGCGCGUGAAGGACGCGAUAUCUGUGGCCCGACGUGUACUCGACAACACACAACACAGUCUAUUAGUGGGCGAUUUGGCCACAAAUUUUGCGAUACAAAUGGGCUUCAAAGAGGAGAGUCUGACGAGCGAAUGGUCACAAAAAACUCACAACGACUGGAAGGCCAACAAAUGUCAGCCAAACUACUGGCAGAAUGUUGUGCCCGACCCUAAGGAUGGCUGCGGUCCCUAUAAACCUGUCAAAGGACAUGUACCCCAGAAUACUGGCCAGAAUUUGGUGAAUUACGAGAAUCACGACACCAUCGGAAUGGUUGCCAUCGAUCGGAACGGGAGUCUAGCGGUCGGCACUUCUACUAAUGGUUUGCGUCACAAAAUUGCGGGUCGAGUGGGCGACAGCCCUAUUCCGGGUGCGGGCGGUUAUGUGGACCAGGAUGUUGGCGGUGCCGCUGCCACUGGUGAUGGAGAUAUAAUGCUCAGAUAUCUUUUAUCUUAUCAGGCGGUGGAGUAUAUGAGACAAGGAUUGGCUCCAAAGCAAGCGGGAGAGGAAACGCUUAAGAGGGUUCUCAAGAAGUAUCCCAACGUAAUGGGAGCUAUUGUUGUGGUCGACAAACAGGGCAAAUAUGGUUUGAAAAUUUAUUUCUACAUCAAACUAAUGGGUAUUGUGUUUCAGGCGCCGCAUGUAUUAACGUUGAGGGAGGCUUUCCAUACUGUGUGCGUCGAGGGCGGCGGUCAGUGUUGGGCCACUUCGGACUCACUGCACAAGAACUCGAUGGGCACCACUCUCUUGAUGAUCGGCGCUUUCAUGUAUACUUUGAUUGUCUUCUCUUCGGAUGUGAACAGACCUUAA